AUUGGGACGUCAUGUUCAAACGCUCUAUAGUUCUAAAUUUAUUACUUUUUUAUUGCUAGAAGAAGAAACGAGCGAAGAAAAUGAUGCUGAGCUGAUACUAGUAAGAUAAAUGACGAUCCUUUAUUAAAUCUCCAAAUAUUAUUAUGCUGAUAGAACAUUGUUAAACUAAUGAUUACGAAAAUUACGUUUUUUAAUCGUGGCACAUUUUGACAUUUUCAAUAGAAUAAAUGAUAAAACCACAAGCAUUAGACAAGAGUUUUCGCGCCGGGGUGGUGAGAUCUUCAAAAAAAGUUUAAUUAAGAAAGUUAAAAAAAAAGUUUAAAAAAGUAAAAAAAAGUUAAAAAAAGUUAGAUUUUGAAAAAAAGUUUUAAAAAGUUAGAUUAGGGUUAGGGAUUAGGGGUUAGGUGCCGCGAAUUUAUAAUAUUGAUAAUUUCGGACGUGUUUAACAAUUUACUCGUAUAGUAAAUUAAAAGGUGGAGCUCAUGCUGGGUUUUCAUAGUCGUAACGGCCGUAAUUGUCGUGAACAUAUCAAGGUGGCGGCACUGGCCGAUGUAAAAGGGUGUGAAUCAUUCAACGCACAAAAGACGAGAUAGAUCCAAACACGAAGAACAACGUAAUUUUCGUGCACGUAACUAUUUGACUAGAUUAUCAAACAUUAGAAUUUCCGAAUAAAUCCUUAAAUGUUUCUUUGUUUGUAGAUGAAAGGGCCCGAAGGAGAUCGAGGAGACCCUGGGGAAAGAGUAAGACAAAUUCUUAAUUACAUACACACGUCUUCUAGACUAAAAAUCAUUAAAAAACUUCAAUUUACGUAAGGUAAAGUAGUCAGGGAAUUCUAAUCACAGCAAAACGAGAGGGACGAAAACGAGGGAACGCGGGGGUUUCUACUUGCACGUGUUUUCAAACCACAUCAACUAUACCCUAUAGUCUCGUUAUACCAGGCUCAAUCUUGUGAGGUGGUGGUUUAGAGAGGGUUAAUUGCGAAUUUUCUCCUAAAUACAUACGCUGUUUGUUAACUUUGUUUUCUUUGUUUAGGGUGAACCUGGUUCGGAUGGUUGGCCUGGCCAAAAUGGUAGAAAAGGUCCCGAGGUAAAGAUGCAACGAGUUCAUGUGUUUUCUAUUGAGGGACUUGUAUAUGUAUAGGAUCCUGUAUACAAUCCCGUCAAUUGUAUUAUUCGCUGCGUAUGCCUAUACAUUGGUUCCAGGACUCAAGAUUUAUCAUCAAAAUGACAAUCAAUACUGCGUAUAGUAAUAAUGUAUUGACUAAUUGACGGUCAGUAAACAGUAAUCAAAAAAAAAUUCAAAAUGUAUAAUUCUUUGGUCAACUCACAGCUUGCAUCUUUGUCGAAAACUGAAAGCACUCGAAAAUACAUGUGAAUAUUUUCAAGAUUUGUGAAGGCUCUCAAUUUGGGCUCUUUCAUAUUUUCUUGCUCUUUUCCUUCACUGUUUAUCUCUAAGCGACGUGAUGUUUUUCUCAGAAGCAAUGUUUAGAAAAAUUUAGUUGUCCAGCGUUGUCAAACAAUAGCUAAUAGUGUUCGAAGGGGCAGCCCAUUAUGACCAUAUCGUGGCUGUCGCGACCAUGUCAACGAUAUGAAAUAGUCUGGAUUCAUUUUAUUUUUUUUUGUACAGGGUCGGCAUGGAAAAUAUGGAGAGACAGGAAAAGAAGGAAAGAAAGGUCCGCAAGGUCAACGUGGAUAUCCUGGAUAUAUAAGAUCAAUCGUAAGUAUAUAGUAAUAAUAUUUAUAUUAGCAAGAAUAAACUAGUGUGUGAAUGGGUGAUUCCAGCUAUAGGCUAAAUUUUGAUCAAGGCAAGAAGAACGAUAUCCAUUACCAUAGCUGGAAAGAGCAUCUUAAAAUGAGUAAAAUUGCAAAGUUUGGUUGCGAAUUGUUGUAAAAUGAGGACAAUAUAGCCCUGUGAAGUUCGCAAAUUUUGUAUAUGGCCUAUUUGUAUUACGCGCGAGAAAAAUAACCACUUUCGAAAUUCACAGGGCUAUAUUAUCCUCAUUUUACAACAAUUCGCAACCAAACUUUGCAAUUUCACUCAUUUUAAGAUGCUCUUUCCCGCUAUGAUAAUGGAUUUCGUAAUUUUCGUUCUUCAUGUCUAGAUCAAAAUUUCGUUUGCAGCUGGAAUCACCCAUUCUCUUUCAAUCAGUUAUCUUUUAAUGUUAUAUAUAGCGGUGGGUUAGGAUAAACACAAUUAAGAAAUUGAUAUCACAAUUGUUGUAAAAAUAAAGGUAUAAUAAGCGUUUAUUAUAUACACAAGGUCUGGAUAUGAGGUAUUCUGCAAUCUGAUUGGUUCUCUACUAGUAGGAUAUUGUAGGAUAUUAGCUCAUAUCCUACUAGUAGAGAAAAACAAAAUGGCGGCUCAAACUGAAUUUCCGAUUUUUGCGAACGAGAAAACGGCAAGUUGUUUGCUUUUUAUAGCCUUUACAGGAUUAAAAACACAAUGAAAAAAACUCGCACAAAUUGUUUACAGGUUAGCAAAUGAAUUUUUAAAAUUUAAAAUGGUUAAAAAUAUAUAUUUUUGAAGAAAUAAUCGGCCGAAAGAGCGAAGAUAAAAACAUAAACAAAAGAAUAACUAUAGAAUAACUGUUAAAUAAUACUUGAUGUAGCUAGAGCGCAUUUGAUCAUAUCCACAUGUAAAUUUGCGCUAUAUAGAAAUGCUGGUCGUAGUCGUAAAAUAUUCUUACAUAUAUACUGUAUGUGGGGGCGGUUUUUUUAUUUUACAGUUAUUCACCGAAACGCAAAUCGUUGAGAUGAAUAUCCUUGCACUAUUCACCAGUGACAGUGUUGUAACGAGUCACCUACAGGUCGAGUCACGAGUCGAGUCACUCAAAGCAUAGUGCUCAAAGGUCGAGUCACGUACGAGUCGAGUCAUUUCAGUUUCUGAUCGAGUCAAGUUGAGUCAGCAGCUUCACUCGAGUCAAGUCGAGUCACUGGUUUAAGUCGAGUCGGGUCAAUAGCAAGUCCACCCCACGUUUCUGUAAUGGUUCGCUACCCUAACUUGCAGCCUGAAAUUAGUAAUCAAAUCUACCUUUUAAGCUAAUCACUUUAGUCAUUUAAUUAAUAACAGUAUCUGGGUAGCUAGGCUGUACCAAUAUCACAGUUCUAGUCGGUAUUAAGUACGACCACAUGAGAUGUCCCAUCAUGCCUGCUGGUCGAGUGUACGUACAUACAACUAGCAUAACUUGCAACUGGAGUCAAAAUUAACAAAAGAAUAGACUUUAAUUAAUCACGCUUUGUAAGUCAAUUUGAAAUUAUAUAACACUUCAUAAAUACCAAAAAUGAAAAGAGCCGGUCAGAAUUAGUAUAAGUACAAAAAAUUUUGAGACUUUUAAAAACUGUGGAAUUAGCGUUGUUUCUAAAAACAGAAAUGUAAUAUUGGAAUGUCCGUCAGGAAUAUAUUCUAUGCAAAACCCCCAUAUACAGUACUGUAUUUUCUGAUAAAGUUUUGAAGUUCUCAUUGUUUACAACUUCACAGGGCUCAUUGUUCUUCCCAAGCAAUACAAUCACAAUAAUUUUGAUGAAUUUAUUCUGUACAAGUUGUAGCUGAGUUGACUCGAGUCAUUUACGGCAAAAAUCAGCAGUCGACUCCGAGCUGAGUCAUUUGGGGCUGUUGACCGGAGUCAAGUCGAGCCAUUUUUCGUAUUGGACUCGAGUCGAGUCGCUGAAAAUAACGGCUCGAGUCCGAGUCAAUGACUCGACUCGUUACAACACAGUGUUGUGCUAUUCACCCGCACUUAUAUGCUAAAACUUGUUACUCUUAUUAAUAGUUUAUGUGCAAAACACAAAGGAAAUGGUGCCCAUACAUGAGGGAGCAAUAUGCGAUACGAAUCCCGAUGAUUUACAUAAACAUUAAGUUCAUUUUUCUCAUCAAAUAUCGUGCAUGUAUAUAUGUAAGAUUAUUAAAGAAUACGUAUCACAAGACGAGUCCGACGAGCUAUAUAUACAGUUUUUGCGUCCGUUGUACUAAAACAGAACAAACAGUAACAAAAACAUAAAGCUCAAUCUUUCGUCGAUAUGAAUGAAAACAUCUUCCACUAAAUGUUAGAAGGGCAGGCUGUGCGGGUCCCUAGCUAUGUAAAAGAAUGGCUGACACAACAUGUAGCGAGAUGUACUUAUUCAAUCCGCACCAUCCGAUUAUUCCUCAUAUACAACAAAGUAUGAGAAAAUAGCCAGCAUAAGUACAUAAGUCUUUGUAUCCUUAUUUUUUGUGUAUUAUAUGAGUACCUUUCCUUGGUAUGCUUAUUGCUAUAGGUUUCACUAGGCAAAAUGAUGACAUUUAACUCUUAAGGCAUACUGCUUGUUUGGGCCAGAAAUUUAGCAAUGAUACAUGCAUCGGCCCGAAGAACAUCAUGAACAACAUCAUGGGCUUACAUCUAUAUGGUGCAGAGCGUCGGAUAAAGUAUUCUCUAUAGGGAGUUUUUAAUAAUCUUCACUGCAGAUUCGAACAUUCUUGGCAAAAUUUUCGUUGAACGUUUUCGUUUCAUAUUUUCUUUCUUGCGUCGAAAGAAUAAUUAUGUAUUUCAGUUUUAAAACAACAAGUUCACUUACUCUUCAUUGCUUGAUACUGUAAAAUUUUUCUUUGCCUGGCGUUUGGCGUUUGACGUAUAACGCGAAGCUUAAACUCCCUAUUUUCAUAAGAACCUGGGCUGUGUACAACGUUUAUUUGUAGGUUCCAGUUAGCUCAACCACGUGAGCAAAGUAACUAUUUUUACUGUUCAUCCUUAGAAUCUUAGAUGCAAACAACGAGAUAUAUUUCAAUAGUACAUCCACACUAUUUACAUAGUAUAUCCAUAGCAAGGAAAUGCAAUUAGUAUGGUUAUAUUGGAUUUCCAUACUAUUUGCAGCUACGAUCUAUACGGGAGAUCAUCGUAUUUAAGGAUUUUAUUUGAAUGGAAGACUGGGUAGUAUUUACAUUACCAAAAUGCUUAGCCUUUGCAUGGUAUAGGAAAACAAUAAAACUCAGUUGAGUAGGAAGAAACGGACAAUGUAUUGUAAUUAACAUUAUUAUAUCUUCCAUCCUAGACAUUUAGUUCAAUGGGUUCAGAUAAUAAAGGACCCGGUCCGAAUGAUCAAAAUCAAAUAUUGAUACCGGUAAGUAAGAGAGACAUCCUAAAACGGAAAGAAUCUUUUUUACGUAAUUAUUUCAUGAUUGGAUUCUUAGGUUUUUACAUGCAUUGUUUUUUUACAUGGUGCCAUCUUCAUUCGGCGUUACAUCAAAACCACCCGACACAGAUAAAAUACUGCUCAGUGAGACUCUUAAAGGUCCUUAAAGAGUUCGCAGAAUUUUCUCGUCUCACAACUUCACAACCUCGAAUUAAGUCAUUUUUCGCCCUAUCAUGAUCCCUAUACCAAAAUGAACAUAAUUUCACGUCCCGCAGAACUUAUUGUAGAUCAACAUGGCUUUCGUGUGGCAUUGUUUUUAAUAUAAAAUGUUCACCAAAAAUUGCUAUCCUCCAUUAUAUGUACAGAUUAAAUACAAGGCACAAAACGUUAUUUGCCUCAAAUUAAUAAUUACCAUAAAUAUAAACACAUUUGUCUUUACACUUCUAGCCUCCUCGUGCUGGCCCACCUGGUCCAGAAGGAAAACCAGGAAUGCGUGUAAGU